GAACACAAGAUGUCUCUACACAGAAUCAACUUAGAUGUACCCCGGUGGGAUCAGUCAACAUUUAUGGGUCGUUUUAAGUACUUUUUAUGGAUAACUGACCCUCGUUUGACAUUAACACCGACUUACAAGCUUUUGGAAGCAAAGACCUUGAUUGAAAAAUAUAGGAAACAUGAAGAGCCACCUGGUACAGAUGUGUCUUUGGUGAGGAGAGCUCAGCAGCUGUACCUUUCCGCAUUCCACCCAGACACUGGAGAGCUUCAGAACGUCAUUGGACGGAUGUCUUUCCAAGUGCCAGGAGGCAUGAUUCUCAUUGGUGCAAUGAUUACAUUUUACAAAUCUAAUACAGCAGUAUUGUUUUGGCAGUGGGCAAAUCAGUCAUUCAAUGCUCUCGUCAACUACACCAAUCGCAAUGCAGAUUCUGACAUAUCAACCAAACAACUGGCUGUUGCCUAUGUGAGUGCUACGACUAGUGCACUAGUGACUGCUCUAGGACUGAAACACUAUCUAGCAACUAGAGCUCCAGCACUGAUUCAGAGAUUUGUUCCAUUUGCUGCAGUAGCUGCAGCCAACAUGGUGAACAUACCUUUAAUGAGGCAAAGUGAACUAAGGAAUGGCGUCCCAGUGUAUGACAAAGAUGGCAACAAAGUAACAGAGUCCAAGUAUGCUGCUUUAAAGGGUAUAGGCCAGGUCGUGUUCUCGAGAAUUGUUAUGGCAGCACCAAGCAUGACCAUUCUACCUCUGGUAAUGGAAAGAAUGGAAAAAGGUGUUUGGAUGAAAAAGUAUCCCAAAAUGAACGCACCUGUGCAAAUUUUCUUGUCAGGAGCUAUCCUGCUCUUUAUGACACCGGCUGCUUGUGCACUGUUUCCACAGAAAUGUUCUAUACGGACAGAAAGACUGAAGCUGUUAGACAGUGAACGGUUUCUAGAAGUACAGCAAAGAUAUGGAGACAGCUUGCCAAAACAGCUGUACUUCAACAAGGGAUUGUGAUUACAGUCAUCAGGAUAAAUACAGUAAUACAGAUAGGUGGAAUGACCAAGGGAUGGAUUUCAACAUAUAGAAUACUAAACGAGCUUGCCUGUCAUACCAUUUUUAUGAAAUGAGUGAAUUGUUAUGGUAUCUGACAAGUGAAAGCGAGUCAGAUACCAACAUUGUUCACAAGUUUUUAAAUAUGGUAUGACAGGCAAGCUAGUUUAGUAUUUUAUUUAUUAUGAAUCAACUGCAAAGAAGGCGCAAUGUAGAAGUAAGCAGAUGUUGAGACCUACUAAACGUUAUGUCUAUGAAUUGGUGCAGAAAGUGAUCUACGUCACGCUCUCGUCACACCAGUAUUACACUAGUUAGAUACUGAGUGAUUGUUAUGACAGGAGCAAUAUCUUACACUGGUGUGUAUAGUGAAACUCCUCUAAACCGGACACCCUCACGACCAAAUAAAAAGUCUGGUUUUAAGAGGUAUCCAGUUUAGAGAGGUUCUCUUUUGUACAUAUAUUUAAAAAGGGCUCUAGAAAAACGUCUGUUUUGAUGGAAUUCCAGUUUACAGAGGGUCCGGUUUUGAGAGGUUUCACUGUAAUAAAAGGAACUAUGAUAGCUAUAAUUAGUGAAGAUAUAGUAGUACAGAUGAAAAAAUCAAAAGUCCGUGAUUGCUGUUAGAAAAUAUACUGACAUCCAUGGAAAAUGCAGAACCCAAUUUUCAGUUGUUGUAAAACACACAAUAACCGUAACUCUGCUAUACAAUGUUGGGUUUAUGUAGUGCCCACCAGAAUACUGCCAGUUACUUUAAAGAAAAUCUCUUAUAUGUAUUAUUUGUUCUUCUCAUAUCCUUUUUACAACUACAAAUCUGACUGGUGCAUUUUGAAUGGUGUUCAGUAUACAUUAGGCCAGUUUUAGAACCGUUGAAACUAGGGCAGCAGUGUGUUUUAUUAUUUUAUGUGUGGUGGGUCUGAUGCAGUGUUUUCUCAAUGCACACUUUUCUAAAUAAAAUUAUAAUUUUUUCAAUCUAAUUAAAAUUAGCUUAGCUCCACUAUUACAUGUGGAUCUAACUGCAGCCUGUUGAAGCUCAUGUCCAGUUGACCUUUCAUUCAACCCAUC